AGGCGAGUGCGCAAGUUACGCGCGUGUAUAAAACUCGCAGCAACCCUCGACAGUCGACUGACGGCUGCACGGUGACCGAAGCUCGCACUACACCGCAGUUAGGAUGAUGUGGACCGUGAACUUGACACUAGCUGGCUGUCUGUGUAUGCUGGUCCUGGCCGCACCCUGUUGUUGUGAACCUUUGGCGGGUCCCGACCCCAUCGCCAGACCUGCUCGGCCUAAGUCCUUCGCUUCACCAGACGAUCUUCGUCUGUACCUUGACCAGCUCGGGCAGUAUUUCGCCGUUGUUGGACGACCUAGGUUCGGGAAGAGAACGGCCCUAGCAGUGAGCAAGCCGGCACAGUCUGCAGCUCCCCGUGAACUACUCCCCAGCUACCAGCCUGCUUAUCCCCAAAGUGACAGCGCAGAUAUCUACGAUAUAUUUCCUUUCUACCAGCCCCAGCAACCAGAAUAGUUUUCGCCGAUGCAGUUUUUAAUUUUCAGUGAAUUUCUGCUACAGAUAAUUCCGAAUGUUGUAAUUUUUCUAUGCUGUAAUUUUUGGACUGAGUGGUGUAAUUAAGACUGUGUCUGUUCGCAGUGUAGUAUUAAACCAAAUUCUAUGUACAUUUAUGUCACAAUUAAAUUAAGAACUUACCGAGAGUAAAAA